UAUACCAAAGAAACCGAAUGGUGCGGCGAAAAGAGUGAGGCGGCCAAACAAUAUUCUGGGAUAAAAUUGUUAGUGGAUGAAGCAGAAAAAUACACGUAUACCAACCGAAAACAACCAAAAGGUGAUUUUCCGACAAAUUGAUUAAAGUAUUAAAUCAGUGAAGAAGAUAAUAGACGUCAUUGAAAGCACGAAUCAUUUAAAUUGGCUUCGCUGUGUGUAUUUUUCAUUCAACAAAUCAGAACUAAAUUGACGUACAAACUUUAUAGAUCCAAGGUUUUGCGUUUCAAAUUAUGUGGAAGAAUAUUUUUUGCAAUUUUGCCAGUGUGCUUUUGCUCAGUGUGAUUAUUUAUGCAGAUAAAGACUUCUUAAAACGAUCACCACAGGAAAUAAAAGAUAAAUCAACUAAUUUGCCACCAUGCAAAUCGUGUACAGUUUUAGUGCAAUCCCUAAAAGCGGGGUUGGAUAGAACAAGUCGUGGGAAGCAUGCCGGAGGUGAUGCAGCUUGGGAGGAAGAAAAAUUACGCUCAUACGAAACAAGUGAAGUGAGACUGGUAGAGGUGCAAGAACAGCUGUGCAAUGAGGUUCGACGUGGACAAUCACAAUGCCAUAAUAUGGCUUCCGAUCAUGAGCAUUUAAUAGAAGAUUGGUUUUAUUAUAAACAAACUGAGUCGCCCGAUUUGUACGUCUGGUUAUGUAUUGAACAAUUGAAAAUGUGCUGUCCUGAAGGACAUUAUGGUGCUGAAUGUAAACCUUGUGAGGACUGUAAAGGCAAUGGUAAAUGCAAAGGAGGCGGCACACGCAAAGGUAAUGGAAAGUGUGCUUGUGACUCUGGAUACGCUGGUGACAACUGCAGUCAGUGUGGAAAUAACUAUUAUGAAGCAUUUCGAGAUGAUACCAAAUUAUUGUGUUCAGAAUGUCAUAAGGCUUGUGGUGGCGACGGCGGCUGUACUGGUGCCGGACCCAAAGCUUGUCGCAAAUGUAAAGAGGGCUGGCGUAUGGAUACUGAUAAAGGUUGCCAAGACAUAAAUGAGUGUUUAGAUACGCCACGCGCUUGUCGCCCAAAUCAGUUCUGUGUUAAUAAUGAAGGUUCACAUAGCUGCUUAGAAUGUGACCGUUCUUGUGAGGGCUGCGAUGGUGAUGGCCCUGAUAUGUGCAAAAAAUGUGGUGCUGGUUUUAAACUUAAGGAUGGAAAAUGUCAAGAUGAAUCGUCUGAGCAACGCGAUACCUACGUGAAUAUAACACGUUUCCUUACCUAUUUUGGUUUGUGCGUUGCCACAUGCGUCAUUUUUCAAAGUUCAACAUAUAUCGCCUACAUUGUGGGUGCGGCUGUGGCCAUAUACAUUGCAGCCUCAGAAUAUUGGCUCAACACAUCGCCAAAUGGAGCGGUUAAACCACAAAUCGAUGCCAGUCAAUUAGAGGAAUUAUUAAUGAAGUCUUUAUAAAAUUAAUUAUUGAAUUUAUUAAAUGUAAAAUAAUUUUUAUGCUUUAAAUUUAA